UCACUGCUUCCUUUCGCGCCGGGUAACCGGAGAGCUGUGCGUCCAUGUGCGCAGUGACUGGAAAUUGUUAAAGCCUGAGCGUUAAAUCCGAGCUGUAAGCAGAGUUUUCAGAAUGGAUCCCGAGUCUUUGGUCGAGGCCCUUCGGGGCACGAUGGACCCGAACCUGAGGGAGGCCGCGGAGCGACAGCUGAAUGAGGGUCACACCCAGGUAAACUUUGUGUCCACUCUGCUUCGUGUCACCAUGUCUGAUCAGCUGGAUUUGCCUGUCAGACAAGCGGGCGUUAUUUACCUAAAGAACAUGAUAACCCAGCACUGGAAUGAAGGGGAGUGUUCAGGCUCUGAGCCACCUGUCAAUAACAUCCCUGAGGAAGACAGGCAGUUCAUACGGGACAACAUAGUGGAGGCUAUUAUUCACUCUCCAGAGCGCAUCAGGGUCCAGCUGACAACAUGUAUCCACCACAUGAUCAAGCACGACUACCCUGGCAAGUGGACCACUAUCGUGGACAAGAUUGGUUUUUAUCUUCAGUCCGACAACAGUGCAGGCUGGCUCGGCAUUCUGCUCUGCCUUUAUCAGCUGGUCAAAAAUUAUGAAUACAAGAAACCUGAGGAGCGUCAGCCAUUGGUGGCAGCCAUGCACAUAUUCAUGCCUAUGUUGAAGGAUCGUUUCAUCCAGCUUCUUCCCGACCACUCCAGCGACUCUGUCCUGAUACAGAAACAAAUCUUUAAAAUUCUUUACGCCCUCUUUCAGUAUAACCUCCCACUGGAGCUCAUCAACAGACAGAACCUAACAGAGUGGAUGGAGAUACUCAAGACAGUUGUUGAUAGAGACGUUCCCCUGGAAACCUUGCAAAUUGAUGAGGAUGAGCGGCCUGAGCUGCCAUGGUGGAAAUGCAAAAAGUGGGCUCUGCACAUUUUGGCCCGGCUGUUUGAAAGGUAUGGCAGCCCUGGAAACACGACCAAAGAGUAUGCAGAGUUCGCUGAACUUUUCCUCAAGGACUACGCUGUUCCUGCUCAGCAGGUGCUGCUGAAAGUCUUGUAUCAGUACAAGGAAAAGCAAUACGUUGCUCCAAGGGUGCUUCAACAGACACUGAACUACAUCAACCAGGGGAUCGCACACGCUCUGACGUGGAAAAACCUCAAACAACACAUUCAGGGCAUCAUCCAGGAUGUGGUUUUCCCGCUCAUGUGUUACACGGACAGCGACGAGGAGCUGUGGCAGGAGGAUCCCUAUGAGUACAUCCGCAUGAAAUUUGAUGUUUUUGAGGACUUCAUUUCUCCCACAACAGCCGCCCAGACUCUUCUCUUCACUGCCUGCAACAAACGGAAAGAGGUUUUGCAAAAGACAAUGGGCUUCUGCUACCAGAUUCUCACUGACAUAGCCUCGGACCCGAGGAAGAAGGACGGCGCUCUUCACAUGAUCGGCUCUCUGGCUGAGAUCCUGCUUAAGAAAAAGAUUUACAAGGACCAGAUGGAGUUCAUGCUGCAGAAUCACGUGUUCCCUCUCUUCCGCAGCGAACUGGGCUACAUGAGGGCAAGAGCCUGCUGGGUUCUGCAUUACUUCUCCGAAGUGAGGUUCAAAAGUGACCAGAACCUGCAGACGGCCCUUGAGCUGACCCGCCUUUGUUUAAUCAACGACAAUGAAAUGCCGGUGAAGGUGGAGGCCGCAAUCGCGCUGCAGGUUCUCAUCAGCAAUCAGGAAAAAGCCAAAGAGUACAUCACCCCCUACAUCCGGCCGGUGAUGCAGGCACUGCUGCACAUCGUCAGGGAAACGGAGAACGAUGACCUCACCAAUGUCAUCCAGAAGAUGAUCUGCGAAUACAGCGAGGAAGUGGCUCCAAUUGCAGUGGAGAUGACACAGCACUUGGCGAUGACGUUCAACCAGGUGAUUCAGACAGGACCUGACGAGGAGGGAGGCGACGACAAGGCUGUGACAGCCAUGGGCAUCCUCAAUACUAUCGACACGCUGCUGAGUGUGGUGGAGGACCACAAAGAGAUUACGCAGCAACUUGAAGGCAUCUGUCUGCAGGUGAUCGGCACUGUGUUGCAACAACACGUACUGGAAUUUUACGAGGAGAUCCUGUCGUUGGCUCACAGCCUGACCUGCCAGCAGGUUUCACCACAAAUGUGGCAGCUGCUUCCACUUGUAUACGAAGUCUUCCAGCAGGAUGGAUUUGACUACUUUACAGAUAUGAUGCCUCUUCUUCAUAACUAUGUAACCGUCGACACGGACACCCUCCUGUCUGACACCAAAUAUCUGGAAAUCAUCUACAGCAUGUGCAAGAAGGUGCUCACAGGUGAUCCAGGUGAAGAUCCCGAAUGCCAUGCGGCGAAGCUACUGGAGGUCAUCAUUCUGCAGUGCAAAGGUCGUGGCAUUGACCAGGUUGUGCCUUUGUUUGUGGCUGCGGCGCUGGAGCGUCUGACGCGGGAGGUGAAGACCAGUGAGCUGCGCACCAUGUGUCUGCAGGUGGCCAUUGCUGCACUUUAUUACAGCCCGCCGCUUCUCCUCAACACUCUGGAGAAUCUGCGCUUUCCUAACAACACUGAGCCAAUCACAAACCACUUCAUUUCCCAAUGGCUUAAAGAUGUCGACUGCUUCCUGGGCCUGCACGACCGAAAGAUGUGCAUCCUGGGCCUGUGCGCCCUCAUCGACCUGGAGCACCGGCCCCCGGCCAUCAACCAGGUCGCCAACCAGCUUCUUCCCGCCGCCAUAUUGCUUUUCAGCGGCCUGAAAAGAGCGUACGCCUUUCGAGCGGAACACGACAACGAUGAGGACGACGACGAUGAAGACGGCGAAGAGGACGAGGACAACGCCGAGCUGGGCAGCGACGAGGACGACAUUGACGAGGAAGGCCAGGAGUACCUGGAAAUGCUGGCCAAGCAGGCGGGAGAGGACGGAGACGACGAGGACUGGGAGGAGGACGAUGCCGAGGAGACGGCGCUGGAAGGCUUCACCACGGCUGUCGACGACGAAGACAACUUGGUAGACGAGUAUCAGAUCUUCAAAGCCAUACUACAGAAUAUUCAGAGUCGUGACCCCGGGUGGUAUCAAGCACUAACACAGACCCUCGACGAGGAGCAAGGCAAACAGCUUCAGGACAUCGGCACACUGGCAGACCAGAGGCGGGCAGCACACGAAUCGAAGAUGAUCGAGAAGCACGGCGGCUACAAGUUCACAGCGCCAGUGGUGCCACCGACCUUCAACUUCGGAGGCACCGCUCCGGGAAUGAAUUGAGUCGUCGCGUUCUACUUUUUAUUACUCUGUGACUGAUUGUAGUGAAGUGAAAAAAGCUUGUGUUCUUCCCUUAAGUAGUGGUUCCAGAACUGGUUCUUCUCAGUCAUUCUCCAAUCUGUCAAGUGGAAAAAUAGCAGCAGGCGACGCGGGAAAGCAACCAAAAUGCAACCAAUGGCUGGGGAAAACAAACCAAGAACUUGAGCAUGAUGCAAGAGAGGAAGCUCCGAACUAUGGUGUCUUUUGGAGUCCGCUGUGGAGAUAAAAGAUGGCAACUCUUUUGUUUGUUUCCCGAUUAAACAAAAACAAAAUACAGGUAGAAAUUGAUAAUGGGACUAAAUAUUGCAUUAUCACCGUCGGCCGACUGGCUGUCAUAGGAUGAUACCUCUGGUAGUGCUGAUGUCUGUUUUAUUCUCUGCAUAAACAUGUGUUUAUGUCCAAACAAGCCAAGGUCAUUGAGUUUUUUUCCAGAGCCUUGGCACGAACUGACCAGAGGUGUUUGUAAGGCGUCGACAACUGUAUUCAUAUGUAGCAUAUUGGAUACUUCAUAGUACUAUGUGAUGCCUGAUCGCUGUAAAUUAAUGACUAGCACUUUCAUAUUGUUCAGGUCUUCUAGCCUUCUGUAUCAGACUGCAAUUUUUUAAAAAAUUGAAGACGAUAUAAAUGAACACCGCCGUAACUUUAACCGUUACCGGGCGAGCGGCCGCCGGAGGGCCCAGGCGUCCGGCGCCGGAUCAGGGGGAACCUCGGAAACUUGGAUUUUCAGGAAAACUAAAAAGAGAAUGCUCUCCGUGUUCAGGUCGACGUGGCUGCAGGACGUGUUUGCGAGCGCUGAAAGUACAAUUGAAUACAUCAGUGAUGCAUGUACAAUUGGACUUGUCGUGAAGGUCUCAAGCUUUUGGUUGGUGUAUGGAUGAACCAUCGAUAUAUACACAACAUAUUAAAAAAAAAAAGCUAAGGGAAAGCAUGACGA